AUUCGCCGGCGGCGCGCGCAGAGCAGACCCGGAAGCUUGAAGCGCGGGCGUCGCCUAUCUGCUCUUCGCCAUACUCGCAGAGUGCAGCGCAACUCAAGCACUUACCGCUCACAGCCACCGAAAGCUAUCCCCAUCAUAAGACAUGGCUGAGGACAACGUGACUCCGGAGCAGCUCGCUGCCAUCGCGGCGGAAAACGAGGAGGGCGAGAAGGUCAACUACAAGGCUCCGGCGCAGAAGUCCCUCCAGGAGAUCACCGAGCUGGACAAGGAUGACGAGAGCCUGCGCAAGUACAAGGAGACCCUGCUGGGGCCCGGUGCUGCUGUCGUGGAUCCUAAGGCCCCCAACGUGGUGGUUACCCGCCUGACUCUGAUGUGCGAGACCGCCCCUGAACCCCUCACCCUGGACCUGACAGGUGACCUGGAGGCCUUCAAGAAACAGUCCUUCAUCCUGAAGGAGGGAGUGGAGUACAAAAUCAAGAUCAGCUUCAAGGUGAACAAGGAGAUCGUGUCCGGCCUCAAGUACGUCCAGGUGACCCAGAGGAAAGGCAUCAAAAUCGACAAGUCGGACUACAUGGUGGGCAGCUACGGCCCCCGCCCGGAUGAGUACGACUUCCUGACCCCCCUGGAGGAAGCGCCCAAGGGCAUGCUGGCCCGCGGCACCUACAACCUCAAGUCCCGCUUCACGGACGACGACCAGCACGACCACCUCUCCUGGGAGUGGAACCUGAACAUCAAGAAGGAGUGGAAGGACUAAGACCCCGGGAGGACGGAGAGAGGCCUUUCUGAGGAGGCGGGUGGUGCUGUGGUCCAGGGGGGAGGGGGGGGGGGUCCCGACACCCCCCUCUGUCCCCCCCCCCCACCCAUCCCCCUGUGUCUGCCAUUUCUGCCUUUUUUUUUUUUGUUUUUGUUGUUUUUUUUAUUCCUCGUGCAUUCCAGCUUCAUGCCUUAGUUUCCACUUCCUCGCCGUCUCUCACGCUCACUCUGAACCCGUCACUCCAUCGCAGCCCCUCCCCUCUGCUCCGUCCAUCCCCAUGGCAACUCUACAGCAGAGUUGCAUCCCAGUUGCGUCUUCUUGGCGUCACCAACCCCUCCCCCCCAUUAACCACGCCCCCUCCCUCCCCCCUCCCUCCCCCCCUCAGUGCCUCUACACCACCGCCAUUCAAUCACAUGUUCUUUGCUGCUUCAAGAGAUUAACCCCGCCUUCCAUAUCUCUCUUUUUUUAUUUUCUUCUUCCAAAAUGGUGUCUUCCUCUCUCAGUAAGUACAUGUGUCGGUCCGGGGGGGGGGGGGGGAGGGGGGAGGGAGGGAGGGAGGGACGUGGGAGGGAAAAACAACAACUGUACAAUCGACUUCUGUUUUGCCUUUUCUUUUUUAUAUGAAUGUGUAAAUGGCUGUGUCGUGGCUAGACGUCCAUCACUGUUGAUCAUUAACCCGCUUACCGUGGACCCCCCGUGGGCCCCCGCCACGCCCGUGAGACCCCCGCAGCAGCGGCCUCAACAGCGUCGCUCGCUGGCUGUCUUUACGAUAUUUUACCAAUACCUGCCUUGUGAACGAUUUAAAAAGAACAAGAAAAAAAAACUGCUUUAGGCCCCUGACCCCCCCCCUCCUCCCUCAUCCUCUCCUCUUCCACCCCCCAGGGAUGAGUCGAAUCGACCGUAAUAUUUACUCUUCUACGGUUAAGAGCUGUAAAGUGUGUGAAGGAAGGAGCUGUAAAAAAAUAAAUAAAAAAAAUACUACAAAAAAAACAACUAACCAAACACUUGCAUGCCUUUGGUGCCAGAAGCACAACUGCUGUCAAUCAAGGGCUCACCUCUUGCCACACGAUGAGCGAACCCCUCCUUCCCCAUCCCUCGGGCUCAGCGCUCCUGCUGGUAGAGGUCCCACCCCCAUGACGCUGCAGGACCCCCCGGUGGCGGCGGCACGGCGAGCAGGAGCACGCCGCGCCGUGGUCACCUCAACGCUCUUCACUCAGCCCCUCCGUAGCCUCUUAGCACGCCGUCGUCUCGGUCAGUAUUGAUAUCUCUCGGCACUUGUGUUCCUCCUCCACGCCUUGAGGCCUUAACACCCACCCCCUGGUCAGGUGUGAAACUAAAUUAUGAAUAUGACCUUUUCCGUUUAUUUCUUUGAUUUUGUUUUUCGCUUUGCCUUUCAUCAUGCACAUCGGCCCCCUUUUUCUUAACGAUUUACAACGACAAAAAACUGCAUUGAAAAAACGUCUUGACCUCAGCUGUCCAAUCAGAAGGUCGGAGAGAGUGGCGUUGUGGGGGGGGGGGAAAGAGAGCCCUCUGAGCUGGACGCCGCAUGCUUGCUGGAGACCCUGGCGGGGUCCGGUCUGGUCUUCGUCACCGGGUCCUUGUAGCAGAGAGGGAAGCAGACCGCUGUGGUCACCUCUGGCCAGGCCUCAGACACAGCGCCACCUAGGGCCUCGGCAUAGCAACCCCUGAUGAGACCAGACCAGGCCCGCAUUCUGACGGCUUGGUGGGUGGGAGAAUAGAUCGGUUAGGACAAAGGAGUGGGUCUAAAAAAGAUAAGUCCCCCUGCACCUCAGACAUCAAAUGUAUGUAUUGCUGUAUCAUGCAUUCUUUUUCAUUGUACAGUUUAUAUGAAACGCUGGCAUGCUGGUGGGGUUGUAUAUUUGAUCAUUUGUGAGUGCUCUUCUCAGUCAAUAAAACAUUUGCUGAA